AUGGUCAGGACCAUGUUGCUUCCAUCUCUCAACAUCCUGGGCAGAGGGCAGCCCACCGACUUCCUCCCGAUACUCGCUCAACAGCUAGCGCCACUCACGAAACUUCGAAGGGAUGUUCAAAGCUCAGCCGACCUUAGUCAUGUCCGACCCAAGUUCCAAUUCUCUCGCUACAAGCAGAAGACAGGAGUUAAUCAGCCACCCUAG